CGCUGCCAUCUUUAUCGUUUCUUGGCGUGGUGCGUGGCCGGCUAGAUUUCUGAUUUUUAAGUACAUGAUAGUAUUUAUGUGUCUUGUGUCUUUGAGUGUAGAAGUUACAUAAAGGGUUUAACAUGAGUACAGACAGUAUUGAAAAGUUAUACAAAAAUUUUGGCAUUUUAGCUGACGCCAAGGAUAAAUUGGCGGAGCAUGAAAAGGAGUACUUAGAAAUUCUAACAGCAGUAAAAGGAUCACCGAAGGAAAAACGAUUAGCAUCCCAAUUUAUUGCAAGGUUUUUUAAAUAUUUUCCAAAACUGGCUGAUCAGGCUAUAGAUGCUCAUUUAGAUUUGUGUGAAGAUGAAGACAUGGCUAUUAGAAAACAAGCUAUUAAAGAUUUACCUGCAUUGUGCAAAGAUAAUAAAGAACAUACGGCUAGAAUUGCAGACAUUUUAGCUCAAUUACUUCAAGCUCAAGAACCAUCUGAGUUAGCUGUAGUUCAUAACAGUGUUAUGUCUCUUAUGAAAUCUGAUCCAAAAGGUACAAUAAGUGGGUUUUUCAGUCAAAUUAUUAAUGGAGAUGAUGGGACGCGCGAACGUUGCAUUAAGUUUUUGGCAACAAAACUGAAAGCAAUAGGUCACGAUGUUAUCAUUAAGGAACCAGAAGAUCUGCUAAUUUCAGAGUGCAAGAAAGUAUUACAAGAUGUUACUGCUGAUGAGUUUCAUAGUAUUAUGGAAAUCCUUGCUUGGACUAGAUUAGGCUCAACAGUUAGUGGACAACAAGAAUUGGUAGAUAUUACAGUAGAACAAGCUGAAUUAUCCGAACCAUUUAAACACACUAAUAUUGAACAAUGGAAUAGGCUUGUACAAUGCAUUAAACAUGCACUUCCAUUUUUUAGCUCUCAAAUAGAUUCAUCACGAUUUGUUUCUUACAUUUGUAUGCAAGUUUUACCGCAUCUCUCUUUAAUCACUGCACCAGAUGGUAGAGACAUACAGUUGGAAUUAUUAAAACUACUUGCUGAAUUAACUGUAUUUUGUGGGACAAUUGAUAAGCCAGAAGAGAAAGUACAACAACUUUAUAAUACUCUUAUAACAUAUAUGCCACUUCCACCAGCUACUGAAAUAACUGAGGUACCAAAACUACAGUUUAGUCAUGUUGAAUGUCUUAUGUAUGCCUUCCAUAAAUUAUGCAAACAAACACCAGAAUUUUUAAUAAAAGAUCCAGAACAGCUUAAGGAAUUUAGAUUAAGAUUACAGUAUUUUGCACGUGGUAUUCAAGGUUACAUAAAAAAAUUACGGGAAGCGAUUAGCGGAAAAUCAGAAGAAGAAUUGAAAUCGGAAGAAAAUCAGUUAAAAGUUGUUGCUUUGAAAACGACUAAUAAUAUUAAUACUUUAAUUAAAGAUCUAUUUCAUUCACCACCCAGCUUUAAAAGUGUUAUACAUCUUUCGUGGAAGACAUCGGUAAACGAUAAAAAGAAUGAGAAGCACUCGUCUGUUCAAAAGAGACACACGCCAAUUACAUUUGGCAAUGACAGUAACUCAAACAAACGCAGUAAAGAAGAUAAAAGUAAGAGAGAAAUAUAUACACCACCUAGCGGAAAGUACAGUUCAAACAUAUCAUCAAAUUAUGGUCGCGGUAGAUUUAGAGGAAACAGGUCAGGGGGCAGAGGUGGCUACAGACCAAGAGGUCGUGGUACAUGGAGAAAAAAUUUUUAUUAACUACUUUGCUCCUUUAAUUGUUUAAAAAAACACGAAAUAGCAAGAGCUGCAAUAAUACGAAAGACUAUACCAGGCCUGUAAAAUGUAUAUACAAACGAAAAACAAAAGUGACUAUUUACAGAGAGUGCUCUUUAAGGAAAGUGACAAAGAAAAUGUAACUGUUUUUGUUUUAUAAACGUAGUGUAAAGGAAGUGUUUUUGUGAAAGCUUUAAGUACCUAUACAAGUUUCAAUUACAAAAUCGUAAGAACCAAUCGUUUGCUGAACACAGUGAGAGAUCACUGUUUUACCAAGUUAUUGACAUUUAAAGAAGAGAACAUUUGUGUGAUUAAUAUACUCAUGGUGUUUUAAGAAGUUGUUUUUAUAUAUUCAUCGUUAAAUCAAAUGAUAAUUAUGAUUUGGAGAGACCUGAACUUGCUAAAAGUGAACAAGCACAUUGAGAGAAAUUACAAGAAUAGUAGUGGAUUUCGAAAGUGUAUGCUAUUGGUAGCAUCAAUCACAGGUACCUUAGCUGGUGGUAGAACAUGAACAAAGUAAUGAAGAGAAAAAGGUGUGAAAACAGUAUGUUAACCAUUCAAAGAGGUCGAAGAAACAUCGGGCGUUGCGACAAAGAGUGCUGCACAUUUGAAACUGAAUAUUUCAAAAUUAAAACUGUACAAUGACUGGCUUGUGCUAUCACAUGGACAUUGGUGUCACACAUGUUUAGAAAAGACAGACAAUUUUUCUCUUCUACAAUAAUUUUGGACGUUUAAAUAGUAUCAAAGUGUAUUCCCUUAUCCCCUGAUUCUAUCCUACUCCUUUUCUAUUAUUUCUUUGUCAACAGGAAACAAAGAUCGGCGCAACUAGAAGGGCAUGGACGAAGCAAUGAAUCAUAAACGUUUGAUUAAAUCAGAGAAACUUGAAGACUAAUUCUGUUUUCCAUUUUUUAAACGAUUUAUUUCUAUAUGAAUGUACCGUUUUUCAUAUAUACAAAUAGAUUUAUAUUCUUAUUCCAUUAUUAAACACUUAGGCUGAUUCUUUGUUAAUCGAAAGUGAAAGGACUGUUAUAUUCGGCGAUACCGUGGAAAAUACGAUUUAAAAGUCUGAAAGUUUCUCCGAUCGCGUGGAAACGAAGACAAUUCACUAUACAGCCUUUGUUUUAGAGAUGCUGUAAGCUGUCUGGUGACCUAUGAGUGACAAGACAAGGCGGAAUUAAUAGUUCUUUGAUUGCAGAUUGUUUAUAGGUCCAUUGGGGAGGAUUACGACGAGAGAUUAUAAUGCUAUUUUUCUUUUCAGGAGCCAAUGGACAACUAUAUAUUGUCUAUUAUUUAUGUAUUGAUGGUAGCUGUUUUGUAAGGUGAGUUUUAAAAAUAAUUUGUGUCCUUUUCCUACCCACCAUCAAACAAAAAUUCUGUAAUAAUAAUAAUUC